GGAGAAGGAUGGAACAUUCUAUAUCGAUUAGAGGAAAAGAAGCGGCAGUGGCGUCCAUGUAUCGAUCAGAAAAUAGCUGGCGCGGUGACGCCGAUGUACGCGCGCAUCGACCGUUGACGUCAUCGUCGGGAGGCGUUUGCGGUGUCAGCCACAGAGGACGUUGGGACAACUCGUGCCAUGGAUAUCGCCGUCGCCUUCGUCGUCACCGUCGCCAUCGUCACUGUCGCUGUCGCCUUCUAACAAACAAUUCCGAGGAAUGCACUUUAUUUCUCGCAGACAUGUGUUCUUAGACUGUACUCUCUCUCUCUCUCUCUCUCUCUCUCCUCCCCCUCUCACUCUUUCUCUCGCUCGCUCGCUCGUUCGCUCGUACUCUCCGCUUCGACGACGAGGUGCGAUCUCGUGGAAACAAGAUUUGUGUUUAAUCACGACUGUCCGCGCCGCGUUCGCUUCCGGUAAUCGAUUGGCGAUACUCGCGUAUACACCGGAGCCAUCAAGAUGGGCUCUAUAGUGCUCAAGUCGCUCUCGGUGCUGCUCGGAAUAUUCUUCGUCUUCGUCGGCACUAUGAAGCUCACGUCGCACAUCAGCAAAGAUCUGCACAAAGAUUUGAGAAAAGAGUAUGUCAAAUACGCAAAAGUGUUCCCCCUUUCGGGGACGCUCGACUUCAAAGUGCCUAGCAAGUGGUACCGAAGAGUCGUUGGCUCGCUCGAGAUUAUCUGCGGACUCGCCAUGGCGAUUAUUCCAAGUCACAAAGUUAAGAACUUAUCGAAUACAGUGCUGCUUCUUUUGAUGCUGAUGGCCGUGUACUCUCAUUACAUGGUCAACGAUAAAUUCGAGAGGAUUGCCCCGGCACUGGUAUUCUUCUUUAUGCUGACGGGGCGAUUGGUAAUCGACUGGCAGCUGAGACGAGAAGAUACGCAAUCGGUGACGGCAAAUGGCGUCGAUGAUAAAAUUAAGAAGCAAGACUGAGCAGGAUUAUGAUUGAAGAAUGCCGUUUUUACGUUAAACCAUUCUGCGAUUUCAUUUCUAAAACACCGUAAAGUCAGUGUUUAUUUAUAUCAAACGUCUCUCUCUUUUGCUCCUUUUUCCAAAAAUGUAA